AUGUCGACCCUCCAGAUAGGUGACAUGUGCUGGGUGGAGAACCUGGCAGCAGGCAAGGUCCUCGCCGUCUCGGACUCGAUGGUGACGGUGGCCCCAGAAUGGGGCGAGCUCUGUCCGACCUGUGCCCUCAAGCCGGAGCAUACGCCUGCUCAUCGUCCGGCAAAGGUCAACGUUCCGCUGGGAAACUCGGCAGACGCGGGCCAGCUCGCCGUGAGUGUCAUGGACACGUCCAACGCCGAGGGGAGGGCAGACAUGAUGGAGCUGGCUGAUCUGGCGGUGGGCGAGCUGAUGUACAACCUGAGGUUGAGGUACAAGGCCCAGCCCAUGCAGUUCUACACAUAUGUCGGGGACAUCCUGGUUGUCGUCAAUCCCAUGGCGGACAUGGGCGUCUCUGGCGAGGAGACAAAGGCUACGUACGCCGGCCUGCCGUUCCGCGAUGCGAGCGCCCCGCCGCACAUCUACGCCGUCGCCGAGGCUGCCCACAAGGCGCUCGCCGAGACGGCCGCUCCGCAGGUCAUCGUCAUCUCGGGCGAGUCUGGCGCUGGCAAGACAUACGCCACCAACGACGUGCUCGACUUUCUGGCCUACCGCGGCAGCGGGUGCGACCCAGCUCCUGCUCCCGGUCCUAACGCUGGCGCUGCUCCUUCUCCGCCCGGGGCGGAGAUUGUGGCCAAGAUCCGGGCUAUCUCGGGCGUCAUUGAAGCGCUGGGCAAUGCCAAGACGUCGCGGAACCACAACUCGUCGCGGUUUGGCAAGCUCGUCAAGGUCCAGUUCGACGAGGCCGGGGCCAUCGAGGGCGCCGCGCUGCAGACGUACCUACUGGAAAAGUCGCGGAUUGUCGACCAACAGCCCGGUGAGCGCAACUACCACAUCUUCUACCUCAUGUUCCAGUUCCUCGACCGCGGUGAGCGGUCGGCGCGCGGUCUCUCGGACUCGGUCGCGGACUACCCGUACCUCGUCGGCUCGCACGGCAAGAACGCCAAGUCAUGGCAGUACAUGCCUAGCGAUCCGUCGGCGCCGCAAGCCGGGCUCGAGCCCAUGGCCGACGCCAAGCGGUGGGAGGCGUUCAUCGACGCUGUUGUCACGCUUAACCUCGAGGACGAUCUCUCGUGCGUGUGGGACACGCUCGCCGCCAUCCUGCACCUCGGCACGCUGACUUUUGAGGAGCACGCUGGCUCUUCGACCGGCUUUUGCACCGUCUCGCCGCCUGGAGUUGUCUCGCGCAUUGCAGGCCUCCUCGCUGUCGACGCCGACGCUCUGGCCACCAAUCUGCUCUCGUGCGAGGUCGUCAACAUGCGCCGUGCGUACCGACCCGACAAGGCCAAGCAGACCGCCGACGCGCUGGCCAAACUCCUUUACGCCUCGCUCUUUGACGUCAUCAUCGAGCACAUCAACGCGUCGAUCAAAACCGGCUUCACCCGCCGGUGGAUCGGCGUCCUCGACAUCUUUGGCUUUGAGUCGUUCCAGUCGCUGCCGGACAAGCACGGCGUGCCCGACACCGCCAACCGGUUUGAGCAGCUCUGCAUCAACCUCACCAACGAGCGCCUGCAGCGGUUCUUCUACGACCAGCUCAUUCCCAAGCAGCUCGCCCACUACGCCGACCACGGGCUCGACGUCGACGCCAUCGAGUACGACGACAACACCCUCUGUGUCAACCUCAUCAUGGAGGGCCGCAAGUCGCUCUUUGGCGCCCUCAACAACGCCACCAAGGAGGCUGCCACCCUUCCGGCCUUCCGCAACAACCCGGAGCUUGCCGAGCGGCGCUGGGUCGAGACCAUCAAGUCGACGUACAAAGGCGGCAAAGGCCGUCUCGCGCCCUCGACCGUAGUCCGCAAGUCCUCGCCCGACGAAUUUGUCGGCUGGUUUGAUGACAAGCUUGACUCGCGGGCCCACACCCAGUUUGCCGUCCACCACUACGCUGAAACCGUGUGGUACACCGUCGACGGGUGCGUCGAGAAAAACGCCGACAAGAUUGCCCCCGAGCUUGUCACGCUUGUCUCGUCCUCAUCGGCCGCCUUUGUCGCCGGCCUUUUUGAUCCGGACCGCCUCGAGCUCAACACCUCGGUUGCCGACAAGUUUGCCGAGCAGCUGCGGGCACUCGUCUCGCCGGCGUCGUGGAACGUGCCUGGCCACCCGUCGGGCAUGCUUGACCUUGCAGCGGAGCCUUUUUUCGUUCGCUGCGUCAAGCCAAUCUGCUCGCGGGUGCCCGGCAUGCCGCGUGCGCCGCUCUCCAACCACAAGGUGCUCGACCAGCUGCGGUCCGCCGGUAUGUACGCGGUCAUCCAGAUGCGGCUUGCCGGCUAUGCGUCUGAAGUGGACAAGGCCCAGUUUGUCGAGACCUACACCGAGCUUGUUGACGACAUGGCAGCGUUCAACUCACUCUCGCUUGACAACCAAGUCCGCUCCAUUUGUGCAUCCGUCGUCGCCUCUACUCAGCACGACUUGACAAGCGAAUCCGGCAUGGCGCCGUACCAGAUCGGCAACUCAAACCUGGUCUUCCUCAAGGACGCCAUGAACUACGCCCUGCGCGACGCGCUCGCUGCGGCUCGCGCGGCGCGUGCGGCCAAGCAAGCGCUGGCGCUCUCGCAUUUUGCGGCGCUUUUCUCGAUGUGGAGCGUCCGCCAGUCGAUGCCGCGGCUGGUGCAGGUCUACGAACAGAACCAGGAACGCCUCGAGUUUAUCCGGACCCGCAUCGAGGGUGGUGCAAGCGAAGCAGAGGCCAAGGCCGCAUGGGACGCCGAGCUCGCCACCCGCGCCGCGGCCAUGGAGGCCGAAUACAAGCUCGAGCAUUUUAUCCCGCUGCAAAAGGCCGCCGCCGCCGAGCCAGUCGACAAGCUCGACGCCGCCAUUGCCAACAUGCUCAAGGACGAGCCAGCCGGUGAGGCGCGCGCGGCUCUCGAGGCUAGGCGCAAAGCGCUGAAGGCAUCGGCCAAGGCGGUUAACGCCGCGCUUGCUGCGCUCGAGGCCGACGUGUACAACGCCGAGGCCGAGACCGCUGCCGCAGACGCCAUUGCUGACCUGGACGCAGUUGUUCUCGCCGAGGAGGCCGCGUAUGCAGAGGACGUCAAGCGGCGCGAGGCGGCCGCCGCUGCUGCUGCUGAAGCCGCGUACAUUGCCACGCAUGUGACGUCGGUGGAGACUGCGGCGAACGCGGUGCCGUUCGCCAAGGUCAAGGCCGCACUCACGGCGUUUGGCAAGCGGCAUGCCAACAUCCUCGGCAAACGCGAGAACCUUGAGAGCGCACUCCAUGCUCAUGGGGCCUCGCUCGACGACGCUCGCGCAGCGCUUGAGGCGCGGCUGGACGAGUUGCGGGCAAGCCCGCAUUCAGACGAAGUGCAAGCCGGGGUGGCGACGGCGCUAUCGGCGCUCGAGGUGCUCGUUGGCGGCGUCCACGAGUUCCUGCGGCUGAUGGAGGAGCGCGUGGCGAUGGCAGCGGCGGCGGAGGAAGCCAAGGAGCGCAAGCGCGAGGCGCGGCGCAGAAAGCGUGAGGCGCGCGAGGCACGGAAGCGCAAGCUGCUGGAGGCGCGGCAGGCCAUGCUCUCGGCGCAGGAGCGAGUGGCCGCGGAGCGGGCGGCGGAGCGCAAGCGGCAGGAGGAGGCCAAAAAGCGGGCGGUGAAGCUGCUCAAGAAGAAGCAGAAGCGGCGGCUGCGGUGGUUCGAGACAGCAAGCGUGGCCAUGGACGGCCUGCGUGUCUUGUUCCACCAUGCCGAGGCCACGGUGCGGUACCUUGGCCCGCUGCCGUCGGCAUCGGUCAACCUCCUCACGGCGCCCUACUACAUCGGGCUGGAGAUGCCGUAUCCGUCGGAUUUGUUCAACUCGGGUGACUACGAGGGUACGCAGCUGUUCGAGUGCUCGCCGGAGCAUGGCAUGUUUGUGGCGCAGGACUUGGUCUCGGUCCUGGUCGCCAGCGACGAGCUUCGCGCCGGCGAGCGGCAUCUGCAGGUCGGCGACCGGGUGUGGCGGCGGAACCAUGUUCCGCUGCAGACCGGCGUCAUCAUGUACUACGGUGAGACUCACUUUGACGAGGGCCCGUUUGUGGGCAUCGCCCUCGACCAGGCCGGCUCUGGCACCAACUCGGGCCGGGUCCACGGCUUCAAGUACUUUAAGUGCGCCAAGGACUCGGGCCUGUUUCUGCGGCCAGAAGAGCUCGAGCGGAUAGAGCCGUGGUCGCACUCUGUCGUCAAGGAGCGAACCAACGAGUACAUGAUUCUUAACGACAUUUAUCUCGACGACGACGAGUACUCGGAGUACGAUGGUGACGAGGAGGAUGGGACCAGCUCGCGGGCCAGCUCACGGCCGGCGUCGGGUGACGACUCGUCGUCGGGCGCGGUCUCCGAGACCGUUCUAGACGCCAUGGAUCCCGACGAGCUCUACGCGCUUGCCGGUGGCGAUGCCAUGCUGACCGACGGCGCGUCUGAGCCGCUCUCGUCGGGAGUGCGGCUCAAAAAGUCACGGCUCUCGCGGCGCGGAUCGGGCGCCGGUCGGUCGAUGUCGAUGCGCAAUGUCGAGACAGCGCGGAGUGGACAUCUAGUGCCGCCGAUGCAGCGGGCGGCGUCGUCGCGAAACCGGAUGCGCCGACGGUAG